AUGGCGCCAAGCCUCCCAUCAGAGCCCGGGGAGAAAACGACGCAGUUGACGCACGAUGCCGUCGAAACGGCCUCCUCAUCAAACACCACACCAAACCCAAAGGUGGUAGCUGCGACUCAGAACAAGCAGCAGCAACCACAACAACCCGAGAGAGAAGCCACACUCAAGGACUACCUGCGUGUUUUCACCUACGCCACCAAAUGGGACUAUCUCCUGAUGGCCGGCGCCGCCGUGGCCAGCAUCGGGGCCGGCAUCACCAUGCCCUUGAUGAACGUCGUCUUCGGCCGGCUGAUUGGGAGUUUCAACAGCUACGCGGGACCGGAUGACAGCGACGCCGAGACCCAGGCGGCCUUCAACCGCUUACUCAACCGGCAGGCCCUGUACAUGUUUGCCCUCUUCAUCGCCCGCUUCGGGCUCAACUACAUCAACAAGUUCUGCUUCCGACUGAUCGGCAUCCGCAUGUCGGCCGCCAUCCGGCUGGACUACCUACGCUCGCUUUUUGCCCAGACGGUACACGUGCUCGACUCGAUGCCAUCCGGAGCCGCGGCAUCUACCAUAACUUCCACGGCUAACACGCUGCAGAUCGGCGUCUCGGAGAAGCUGGGGACGUUUCUUGAGUACACGGCUAUGAUCACGGCUGCUGUCGUUGUGGCGUUUACGUACAGCUGGUCCCUGGCGUUGGUGACGUCUUCCGUGCUGCUCUUCAUUGUGCUGGUUAUUUCGAUCAUGCUGCCAUUUAUCAUCAAGGGGCAGCAUAAAAUCACAAAGGCAGAGGGAAAGGCUGGCUCGAUUGCAACAGAGGCUUUUGCGUCUAUCCGUAUGGUUACGUCUUGCGGUGCUGAGACUCGAGUUGCUGAAAAGUAUUCUGAAUGGGUCAAGAAAGCCAAGCAGGCCGAGCAGGCUACGGCCCCUUUGUUCGCUACCCAAUUCGGCCUGGUCUUCUUUGGUCUCUACGGAACCUUUGCCCUCAGUUUCUGGUGGGGUAUGAAGAGCUUGCUUGCUGGUAGGGUAGAUGAUGUCGGAACCGUCGUCAUCGUCUUGUUUUCCGUGAUGAUGAUGGUCAUCUCUCUGGAGCGGGUUUCAACGCCUCUGAUCGCGAUCUCCAAGGCAAUGGUGGCUGCGGCCGAAUUCUUUUCUGUCAUCGAUGCACCGCAACCCAAGGUCGGGAGCCUCAGGGAGCCGGAAGUAUCUGCAACUGAUGAUAUCGUGUUUGAGGACGUCCACUUUGCGUAUCCUAGCCGGCCGUCCAAGAAGGUCUUGGAUGGACUCAACCUCCGCAUUCAGGCACACAAGAACACCGCUAUCGUGGGACCAAGUGGUUCGGGCAAGAGUACAGUUGUUGGCCUUGUAGAGCAAUGGUACUCCCUUGACGACCAGUUUUCGAUCCCCAAGGCUAUUGUAAAGGGCAAGAAAAAGAAAAAGAAGGAUGCCAAAAAGGCCAAGGAUGAGGAACAUGAGAGUGGCGAUGAGGACUCGGUUGCUUCCGCCGCUGGUGCUGCUACUACAAUCGACAAUAUCGAAGACCAAGGCCCUCCCGUGGAACUAUCAGGCACCAUCACGACCUGCGGCCACUCGCUGGAUGAGAUAGACAUGAAGUGGUGGAGAUCCCAAAUCGGUCUGGUCCAGCAAGAGCCGUUUCUCUUCAACGACACAAUCUUCAAGAACGUCGCUUCCGGCUUGAUCGGUACCCGGUGGGAGAACGAACCGGAAGAAGUCCAGCGCAAACUCGUCCAAGAGGCUUGUGCCGAAAGUUUCGCCGACGAGUUCAUCGACAGACUACCUGACGGCUACGACACCCCAGUGGGAGACUCAGGCACCAAGCUCAGUGGCGGACAGAGACAACGCAUUGCCAUUGCUCGCAGCAUCAUCAAGAAGCCCAAGAUCCUAAUUCUCGACGAAGCCACUUCAGCCAUUGACGUUCGAGGCGAAAGGAUCGUCCAGGCUGCGCUGGAAAGAGCGUCCGUAGGAAGAACCACGAUCACGAUUGCUCACCGGCUGUCCACCAUCAAGAACGCCGAUGUUAUCUGCGUCCUUCAAAACGGGCGGGUUGUCGAACAGGGAACACAUGAUGGCUUGCUCCAAGACCCCAAUGGUGCGUACUACGGCCUCGUACACGCUCAAACCCUCUCUCUGGGCGACGGUCAGGGCGAGAAUAAAGAGGAGGUUCUGGACGAAGAAGACAUCAGCACCACGCUCGCGCGCGAGAAGAGUGCUGGCAAAGUUGACGGCAACGGCUCCAACAGACAGGAAGUCAAACUCUGGGCACAGCGUGGCUUAAUCAACAGCUUCGGCCGACUCCUCUACGAGCAACGACGCCUCUUCCCUCUAUACGUACUCGCGCUCAUCGCCGUCAUGGGCGCCGCAGCCGCCGUUCCCCUCCAAGCCUACCUCUUUGCCAAGAUCAUCGCCGUCUUCCAGAAUGUCUUCACCAUCAUGGACAGCGUAACCUUCUGGUCCAAGAUGUGGGCCACCCUCGCCGCCGUCAUCGGCACCUGCUACUUCCUGACCUCUUUGAUAACAAAACACAUUGAGGGCUCCAUCUCGGCCACCUACCGCCAGGAAUACUUCGAGUCCAUCAUGGGCCAAAAGACCUCCUUCUUCGACGCCGACGGCAACUCCGUGGGCCAACUGACCGGCCGCCUUCAAAGCGACAUCAAGUCCCUCAAUGAGCUUCUGGGCCUGAACCUAAUGAUGGUCAUCAUCGGCGUCUUCUCCCUCAUGGGGGCUUUGAUCAUCUCCUUUAUCUACGGCUGGAAGCUCGCGCUCGUCGCUUUGUGCGUCACCGUCCCGCUCAACAUACUCGCGGGCUUCUACCGCGUGCGCUACGAGCUGCAGUUUAACGCCAUGAACGAGGCCGUGUUCCGCGAAUCGUCCAAGUUCGGCGCCGAGUCCAUCGGCGCUUUCAGAACCGUCACCGCCCUGGUCAUGGAGGAAAGCAUCUGCUCGCGCUACGAAGCUUUGCUCCAACACCACGUCGUGACGGCGUACCGCAAGGCCCGGCUGACCACCUUCGUCUUCGCCUUCUCCGAUAGCGUCGCGCUAGCCUGCCAGUCCCUGAUCUUCUGGUACGGUGGCCGGCUGAUCGCCUCGGGAGAAUACACCCAGGUCGCCUUCCUGGUGACUUACAUGGCUGUGAUCCAGGGCGCGGAAAGCGCAGGGCAGUACAUGUCCUUCGGGCCAAACAUGGCGCAAGCCAGCGCAGCGGCGAACAACAUCCUUGAAGCGCGCGAGAGCCGGAUCCGCGACGAGCGGGUGGUGUCUACCACCAACACCAACACCCCCGAUCACUUCGUCCCCGAAACCGAGGGCGGGGUGAAGAUCGAGCUAAAGGAUGUCCACUUCAAGUACCCGACGCACAACAUCUCCGUGUUCAAAGGCCUCAACCUGACCAUCGAAAAGGGGCAGUUUGCCGCGCUUGUCGGCGCUUCCGGGUCCGGGAAAACCUCCAUCGUCAGCUUGCUGGAACGCUUCUACGACGUCGACCGCGGCCAGAUCCUUUUCAACGGGAAGGAUAUCAGCCAAGUCAACGUCUUCGAGUACCGAAGGCUCUUAUCGCUCGUCGCGCAGGAACCGUCGCUGUUCCACGGGACGAUUCGGGAGAAUAUCCUCAUGGGCGUCGAUCCGUCGACAAUAACGGAGGGGCAGCUGCAUGAAUGUUGCCGGGACGCCAACAUCCAUGAUUUCAUCAUCAGUUUGCAGGAGGGGUACGAUACGAAUAUUGGCAGUCGGGGAGUCAAUCUGAGCGGCGGGCAGAAGCAACGGGUGUCAAUUGCGAGGGCGCUGAUCAGGAAUCCGAGGGUAUUGUUGUUGGAUGAGGCUACCUCUUCACUUGAUUCUGAAAGCGAAAAACUCGUACAAGCCGCCUUCGAGCGCGUAGCCAAGGGCCGAACAACCAUCGCCGUGGCCCACCGUCUUGCUACCAUCCAAAAGGCGGAUAUCAUCUAUGUUCUCGGCGAGGGCAAAGUGUUGGAGAAGGGCAACCAUAACGAGCUGCUCAGGAUGAAGGGUGUUUAUUGGCAUAUGUGUCAUAAUCAAGCCCUCGACAGAUGA